AUGUCACCUGAAACCUAUGAUACUAGUGCAACUACGCCAAACGAUGUAAAUAGCUCCAAUAAAAUCGUGCUCGCCAGAACAACAAAAAUUGUUACUUCUGUUUCUGCACUUAUUGUUGGUGCAAUUAUAUACGGCGUCACUAUCCUGGAGAGAAUGUUAACCAUUCUCAGGUUAAAGGAGGGCCUGGAUCGGCUUUAUCGUUUUCGUCUUCUUCAAUUUGCGGCAAACAAACCAAAGAUUACAGCAAGAUUCAAGGAUUCUGAGGCUAUCAAUUGUCAUCGUCAAGAUCAUAGGAUUGCGGCUGUAGAGUUAUUUAAGGGAAGCACAAGACUCGAUCGUCGUUACGUUGUGCAAAUAUGCUGA